UGUCGUCGUCAAGAUGGCGCGUGUCUAUGCCGAUGUCAACGAGCACAUGCCUCGGUCCUACUGGGAUUAUGACAGUGUCAACAUCUCUUGGGGUGUUCUUGAAAAUUACGAAAUCGUUCGCAAGAUAGGUCGGGGAAAGUACUCCGAGGUUUUCGAGGGCAUCAACGUCGUCAACUACCAGAAGUGCGUUAUCAAGGUUCUCAAGCCUGUCAAGAAAAAGAAGAUCAAGCGUGAGAUCAAGAUUCUGCAGAACCUUGCGGGAGGACCCAAUGUCGUAGCUUUGCUAGAUGUUGUUCGCGACAACCAGAGCAAGACUCCUAGUCUGGUCUUCGAGGCUAUCAAUAACACCGAUUUCCGCACCUUCAAGGGUAUCAUGCACCGCGAUGUGAAGCCCCACAAUGUCAUGAUUGACCACGAGAAGCGCAAGCUUCGUCUGAUCGAUUGGGGUCUGGCCGAAUUCUACCACAAGGGUACGGAAUACAAUGUCCGUGUUGCUUCACGCUAUUUCAAGGGCCCAGAGCUGCUCGUUGAUUUCCAAGAAUACGACUAUUCUUUGGACAUGUGGUCGCUGGGUGCUAUGUUUGCAUCCAUGAUCUUCCGCAAGGAGCCCUUUUUCCACGGAAACAGCAACUCUGACCAGUUGGUCAAGAUCGCCAAGGUCCUUGGUACCGAGGAGCUCUUUGAGUAUUUGGACAAAUACGACAUUGAGCUGGAUCCUCAGUAUGACGAUAUUCUCUCUCGCUUCCCCCGUAAGCCAUGGCACUCCUUUGUGAAUGCAGAGAACCAGCGCUUCAUCAGUGACGAGGCCAUCGAUUUCCUUGACAAACUUCUGCGAUACGACCAUGCUGAUCGCUUGACUGCUCAGGAGGCCAUGGCGCACGCAUACUUUGACCCAGUGCGGGCUGACGCAGCGGCUCUUAGCCACAACAACGUGACACUGCCUUGA